UGUGUCUAUGACUCCCAAUCACUAUCUCCGUCUUGCUUUUAAACUUCUAAGAUUUGGCAGCUUAGCACGAAGCAUCCUAAUACCGAUACGCGACGCCAAGAACGUCAUGACCCCACGCCCGAAAGAGCUCUACCCACCACGGGACGCGUCCGACCCCGAGAUUGACGAACAAAGCUUCGGGACCCACAACCCCGUGACCGUACCAGAAGAUCAGAGCGCAGAAACACCCUCGGCAGAAACGUCUGUCGCGCCUCGGAGUCUCGCAGAGAUAGAAGAGUUGACACGUUCCGAGGAUCCUGCCGAGCGAGAGCUCGGAGAGACUCUGCAAGGCUAUCAAAUGCAGUUGAUGUUGCUGGAACUACAAUAUAAACGGUACAAAUGGAUGUUAGAACAAGAGCGGAAAGCUUCUGAGUCAUCCUCCUCUUAGGAAAUUGUGUUCUUUGUGUUCCGUGGUGGAGUGUUUUCCCUCGCGUUUACAAGCACAUGAAUUGGGGAUAUUUGACGUGGGUUGCAAAUGGUGUAUUAUACUCUAUAUGGACGACAACGGGUGCAUAGUGUUUGAUGUUUCAUACGCGAUUUGCUGGGCUAUCGUCGUAUUCGCAGGGAUAAUACAUGUCUUGUGAAUAGUAGUAAUGGAUGGGUGGGUAUAUAUGUCUGUGAGUUAUAUGUGGUUGUAAUUAGCUACUAGCGGAAAGCAAAAUGAUCGAUCGGUGACCUGACACCUUGCA